AGGGUAGUUAUAGUUUCGAUUCAUAAACGUCAUAAACGGGAUAAACAGCUGGUCGUGAUUUAUGUUCCCAGCUCUGUGUGUACAACCUUUGUGUUAUUUCUAGUAUCAAAUUACUUUAAAUUCCAGAAGCCACCGUUAUUUCACCGGAUAAAAUUGUACCAUCGAAUCCUGCGCUGUUUUGAUUUAUUUAGUGUCCAGUGAAGCGUUGCAGUACUGUAAUAAAUCAGUAAUCAAAGAGAUGAUAGGCAGCCAAACCGCUGCCAAGUUGAAAGAGACGAUUGAGCAAGAAGUUCUUAAGGUGUACGGAAUCCAACCGGAGCAAAUAUUGACGGUUACACACGACAACGGAAGCAAUAUGAUUGCGUCGGUGGCAAGAUUGCGUGACAGUUUGACGGAGGACGAAAAACCAUUCAUGCAGGACGAAAUUCGUGCUGUUGAGGCUGUUUAUCAAGUCACGGAAUCAUACCGCCGUAUUGACUUGGCAGCAAUGGAUGAAGCCAUGGAUGAUAAUGAAAACAACAACGAGAGUGCUGAUAACGAUCUAUCUGUAGAAGAUGAGUCCGGUAUUGAUUGCGACUCAGAAGAAAACGAAUCUGAGGAUAUACUAGAUGAUUCAGAAGAAUUGAUGCUUGAAGGUACUCGAUGUGCGGCUCACACUUGUCAGCUUGCGGUGUGGGACGUUUUGAAAAAGCACGAGGCGGGUAUCAACGUCGUUAAGAAGCUCGUUAAAAUGACACGCCAAUCGAAAUACAAGGAGAUGUUCGUAGAGCAUAAGGCUAGUUUCGCGCCGAUUUCAAAUGCUACACGUUGGAAUGCGGUAUAUUUGAUGCUCAAGGCUCUCCGAGAGCAAAAGCCUUUUUACCUGAUGCUGGAAAAUAAGUUUCCUGAACUUCGAUUUUCAAAACACUGGAACUUUAUCGACAAAUUCAGCAGAGCCUUAGAACCUUUGUUCUUCCUCAGCGUAUCUCUUCAACAGAAGCACGUGCCAUUGUCGGAGUUUUAUACCCAAUGGCUGAUAUGUCAAGCACAUUUGAAUGCAAUGAAAGAUAAUUCGGUUGCCUUAAAAUUGCUGAAAGCCAUGGAGAAGCGCCUUUCUAAGUUGAUUGGAACGAUUCAAUUUAAGGCUUCGCUCUACUUGGACCCUCGUUUUAAUUACAUAGGAUCAAACCGGAUUUCUAUUAGCGACAAAGAAGCGGCUCAGCGUUUUUUGCUGAAGCUGUGGCAUCGUCUGAAUGUAUUGGACGGACGUUCAGAAUCGCAAGAAGAAACAUACGAUGGUGAGGACGAAGUAUUGGAAAGCUAUCUAAAUAACUAUUUUCAGAAGGAUUCACCAUGCGUUGAAGAAGAAACAACACCAUCUGAAAAUAGUAAAGUUUACCAAUUGCUGAAAGAGCUAGAGCUACGUCCAAAGGUUCCAAUAAUCACCCCGGCUCACUUCAAACCUACUAGUAGUAUUAGUGAACCAUCUACAUCGUCGACGAAAGUCUCAAUGAUGCCAACAUCCAAGAAGGAGCCAUUUGAUAUACUACGGUAUUGGAUUGCAGAGGAGGUCCGGAACCCACAGAUGUUUCGUCUCGCCGUUGUUAUUUAUUCAGCACCCUCCACUCAGGUGAGUGUAGAGCGAGCAUUCAGCGCACUCAAACUGAUUCUCACAGAUCACCGUCAACGCCUCAGCGAUAGAAGAAUUCAAGAUAUUAUGGUCUUGAAACUUAAUCCAGAAUUGCUCCCUGAUGUUGCUAAGCAGUUGAAUUUAGAUAUGGAAGCGUAUGUGGCAGAAUUAGAGUGAACGUAACACAAAACUCUCAGGACUAGUACAAGCAUUCUGCUUGUCUAAAAAUAACUCAUAACUCAAAAACUCAUAACAGAAUACACCUUAAAAAGAAUAUCGAAGAUCGACUAAAACGAAGCCUCUCGAAAUGUAGAAUUAAUCGAAAUAACGUUAUUUUUUAUAUAUAAACUGAUCUUUUUCACUUGAGUUUAAAUUUUUUUUUCGCGAUUUCAAUUUUAUUUUGAGACAUUCAUAUUUUCGUAUAUUAUUGUUAGAAAUAUACAACUAAUUUUUGUACGCGUAUCUCAAUAUGAUAUGUACAUGCUACCUUUCAUGAUAAAUACAUGUUUUAACAAGACUAAAACUAAGGUUGAAUGAUAUAAUGUAAUAAAGCAGUUAAGCUUGAAUAAGCAAUCUAGAUUCGGAAAACGUUAACCUACUCGGUAAGCUUUGUGUGAAUCCAAUGAUUAAAAUAAGUAAAGUAAAAAGUGCAAAUUUCGAACAAUAAAUGUCAAAUGCGUCAUGUCAAACUUGUA